CAUCUCGAUAAGACUUUUCUUGUGUGUAUGUUUUGGUAACACAAAAAGGGUCAAACAUUGUAUUUAAAAGUAUCUUCUUUUUUUUUUAUUUUUAUUUUCAUUUUUUUUUAUUUAUUUAUUCGAUUGAAUCCUUUAAAGAUGGUGUUAUUAGGUACAAUUUCCCUCUUUUGUAUUGCUGCUACUGCUUUAGCUUCUCCUGUUCAUAGUGGAAACAACAACAAUAACUGGAAAAACAAUAUCAAGAAUGUGGUUGUCCUUGUACAAGAAAAUCGAUCUUUUGAUACAUUUGCUGGUGGAUUGACUUACAGUAAGGAUAUCAAUGGUUUAUUACAUCACAAAUAUUGUAAUCCUGCCAAUGUAACCGAUGCUCAUAGUACUCAAGUAUGUGCUGAUAAGUUGACCUCUGCACAUGAUGUCGAUGCCGAUGAUCCUAACCAUAGUAUGUCUGGUAUUAAUCUUCAAUUGUAUGGUACAACCGAUCCUAAUGAAGCUUUGAUCAAGUCCGGUAAACUUAAGGCUAAUAUGCAAGGUUUCAUCACAGAACAAGAACGUACUUAUGGUACUACUAAUUUGACUCGUGUUUCUGAUGUUAUCAAUUAUUAUACUGUCAAUCAUAUUCCUGUCUUUUCUUCUAUGGCUGAAAACUUUGUUCUUUUCGAUAGAUGGUUCUGUGAUGUCAGUGGUCCUACCAAUCCUAACCGUGCUUAUAUUACUUCUGGUACUUCCAAUGGUCAUGGUAGUAAUGAUAAAAGUUUCGAUUAUGGUGGUUUACCUCAAAAAUCCAUUUUCCAACAAUUAUCUGAAAAGAAUAUUACCUGGAUCAAUUACUCCAAUUCCACUACUUCACCUAAAGGUUAUAUGACCCCUGAAGACAAAGGUUACACUGGUUUCAACCCUGAUUCCGUGUUCUACAAUUGGACGGUUGCUUCUGGUGCUGCUAAAACCAAUGUCAAGCAUUUCGAACAAUUCAUCACUGAUGCCAAGAAUGGUGAUUUGCCUGCUUUCUCUUAUAUCAAUCCUGAAUGCUGUAGUUUUGAUAGUUUCCAUCCUCCUUCUCCUAUUGAUCUUGGUGAAAAAUUCCUCAAGAUCGUUUAUGAAGCUCUUCGUGGUUCUCCUCAAUGGAAUCAAACUUUAUUCAUCUUGACCUUUGAUGAACAUGGUGGUUUUGCUGAUCAUGUUCCUCCUCCUGUUAAUGUACCCGCUGGUGAUAGUAAGACCUAUGUUGAAAAGAAUCAUACUUUUGAUUUCACUCGCUUAGGUGUCCGUGUGCCUACCAUCUUGAUGUCUCCUUGGGUGAAUAAGGGUGUGGUUGAACAUAAGGGUUCCAACAAUGGUGGUGAAUACUCUCACUCAUCUGUUCUUGGUUUCUUGGCCAAGUUAUGGGAUUUGGAUAACUUGACUCCUCGUACUGCUUGGUCUUCUACUUUUGAACACUUGUUCAUCGACAAGCCUAGAACUGACACUCCUGCAAAGUUACCUGAACCUGUUGUCUUUGCUUAGAAACCUUUAUUUUUU